AUGUCAAAAGAAAGCAGCCAUCAGAGAUCUGGUGGACCUCCACCACUGCCUCCUCGGCAGGCGUCAGGUGCAAAUCAUCUGCUAUCAGAUGAUUUUGAAGAAGACGAUUUACCACCGCCUUCCUACGAGUCUGUCGCGUUUGAAUCAUACGGAGAUGGCUAUCCCUCUCUUGCUCAGAACGAUCCGCGAUCGAGGUCGACUCAGUCGUUGGUUCCCUCGCCGUCAGACGAACAAGGUGAUAGAAGGAAGCUGCUCUUGAUAUUCAUACAUGGAUUCAUGGGAAACGAAACCAGUUUUCAAAGCUUCCCUGCUCACGUACAUAGUCUUGUAGCUGCUUUGUUGUCAGAAACGCAUACUGUUCACACAAAGAUCUAUCCGAGGUACAGGUCAAAAAAGAAGAUCGACUUUGCACGAGACGACUUCAGCCGCUGGCUGAGACCGCAUGAAGGACCAACCACUGAUGUGAUCUUAUUGGGCCACAGUAUGGGUGGCUUGCUUUGCGCCGAGGUGGCAUUGAUACCAUCCCUCGCAGAUGGAUCUCUACGCCAUCGUCUUAUCGGCACCGUCAACUUCGACGUCCCUUUUCUGGGUAUGCAUCCAAGAGUGGUCAAGGUCGGUCUAGCCAGUGUUUUCAGCCCGGCCCCUGGAGCCUCCAAGUCGCCACAAAACGAUGAUCACACUCCUUCUGCUACCGAUUCCCAGAAUGGUGGAGGUUAUUUCGACGACAGACCCUCCCACAGCACUUCCACAUCAAGCCUAAAAGCAUCUUCCAGUCCGUUUUCUCCAUCUCAACUCGACCCCAACUACAAUCCAGCCUUUAAGAAUGAUGUGGUCCUUCCGGUCAGAAAAGGGUGGGAGGGAGCAUGGUACUUCAUUAACAAACACUCCAGCGACUUGCGGUCAGCCACUAAGCAAUUGGUCAAGUCACACCUUGAGUUUGGUGGUGCCAUGGCAGAUUAUAGCGGUCUCAAACUGCGCUAUACUCGUAUCAGAGGAUUGGAGGCACCAAGCACAUAUACCAGGAAAGCAGUUAUAGGAAGCUCAGUUGCUCCUCCUAGAGUACGCUUUGUCAACUACUACACUUCCAGUACUGGUAGGCCCAAGAAACCAAAGACACCGUCUUCGCCAGCAACCGUGGUUGGUACUCCUACUAUGACAACUGUAGCUGCUGUUGAGAGCCGCGAGCAGGUUGACGAAGAUGAAGAAAAGUACUCGGGAGAAUUUAGCCCAAGAAACGACGAGGUGUUAGAAACUGACGAUGACAUCAAAGAGUUUGAAGCUGCAGAACGAAAUGGAAUGGUAACAAUGGACCAUCUGGAUCCUGCUCCCAUGUCUGAUGCUGGCGGUGACACUUCUGAGGUCGAGUCUUGGGUUGAUGCUACAGAGAACAUGGAAAUUGCUCGUUCAAGUUCAAACACGACAACAGACCUGACAACGACCACUUCACCAAAACCCGAACAUGACUCAAUUCUCGACGAAGGUUUAACAAACAAGUCGCCCGACAUCCCUGCUUCAGGUAUCGAGUCCUUGCCGCCUGUCCCAGAUCCGCCAGCAAAGCCUGAAAAGCCGCCAUUCUUCUCAGACAAAGACGCCAGGAAGCUAGCGGAAAAGGAAUAUGAACGAGUCUUGAAGCUCUAUUUCAGAGCAGUAAAGGACCGUGAAAAGGCACUUCGCGAUCGUGAAAAGCUGGAAAAGAAGCGCGAACGACAAACAAUCAAGGAGGGAAAGAAGGCGGAGAAGCAAGUUCAGAAGAGUGAUAAGGGCAAGGAGAAGGAGCGCAAAAAGACCAUCGAGAGGAGAGAAACCGAUCAGGAGAGUACUCUUGCGGCCGAGCAGAGAGAUGCACAGAAAGAGUGGAAAGCGGCCCUGAAUCACUCCUGGAAUGACGACGACUCUACGAUUGAGCCACUCUCGAAACACAGCUCGUCGAUGCAGUCUAACGUACUGUCUACUCAAGCAUCCAGAUCUCCUUCAGGCGAAGAGCAGAAGCCCUUCAAGGACCGUACAUUCUGUACACUACCACCCAAAGACGGCUCCGGCAUAAGAGACCCGACCUGGGUUCGUGUUUUGAUGAAAGAUGUCGACUUGGUCGAGGCGCAUUGUGGUCUUUUCUUCCCUGACGAGAAAGACGACAGAUACGAGAAACUGAUCGGAGAUGUGGGAGAGAGGAUAUGUGAAUGGGUCGGCGAGGCGGAGAGCGAGAGAGUCGCAAGGGAGUUUGAAGCACAAAACUGA